UCAGGUACGACCGCCCUGUUCUUCGCUGCCCAGCAAGGCCAUAAUGACGUUGUGAGAUUUCUCUUUGGAUUUGGAGCAUCCACAGAAUGCAGGACCAAGGAUGGGGGCACUGCCCUGCUGGCUGCCAGUCAGUACGGGCACAGGCAGGUGGUGGAGACCUUGCUGAAGCAUGGAGCCAACAUCCAUGACCAACUUUACGAUGGAGCCACUGCCCUCUUCCUAGCCGCCCAAGGAGGUUACUUGGAUGUCAUCCGAUUAUUGUUGUCUUCAGGAGCAAAAGUCAACCAGCCAAGGCAGGACGGAACGGCGCCCCUAUGGAUCGCGUCACAGAUGGGCCACAGCGAGGUGGUGCGCGUGAUGCUGCUGCGCGGAGCCGAGCGCGACGCCGCGCGCAGUGAUGGAACCACAGCACUGUUGAAAGCAGCCAACAAGGGGUAUAAUGAUGUUAUAGAAGAGCUGCUUAAAUUCUCACCCACGCUCGGUCUUUUGAAGAAUGGCACAACAGCUCUCCAUGCAGCGGUGCUAAGCGGGAAUAUUAAAACAGUUGCCCUGCUCCUGGAAGCAGGGGCGGACCCAGCCCUGAGAAACAAGGCCAAUGAACUUCCAGCAGAACUAACCAAAAAUGAACGUAUCUUGCGUCUCCUCCGAAGUAAAGAAGGUCAGAGGAAGAGCUAACUUAGUUGCAUAUUUGACAGAAAGACAAAAGAAAUCUUAUUCACACUGUCAAGAAAGAAAUUACUUUUCAAAGAGGAUUGGAAAUUCUUUUAAGAACAAAUAUGCCCAGAAAGCGCACCCUGGGGGUCCCUGUGCUUGGCACACCAAGUGAAGAAGGGGAACUUGGGGGUCCCUUCCCUAAAUUACAGUGGGCUCCUCAUACUGCCCGGCACUCAGCUGCAGGCCUGGCGUAUUGACAGGUUCCACAGAAACUCCUUGACAACUGUGCUAACGGGUCUCCCAGUUACCCUUGAAGUUAGACGGGGUUUCCAAUACUAAGCAAGGGGACAGGAAGCUUCGUUACUUUAACAGAUGGGAAGACUGUGCUUUUGCUUAUUUGUUAAAUGUAGGUGUGCUACAGUGUAUAGAUCCAUCAUAUUUUACAUAUAUAUGUAUGUCGUUCCAGAAAUGUUUUCUUCCACCCAAAGAUUAUAACCAUGGUUACUGGGAAUCAAUAAGGUUCAAACCUGCACUUAUUAGAAAGCAACUUGUGACAUUCCGCCACAUGCUAUUCAAAGAUGGACUAGUGCACUAGAGGAAAGACAAACUGUAUGUUUGCUAAUUAAUCCCCUUCUCAUUCCUGACACGUAAAAAUUACUUUCACUUACUUGGCAUUAUAGGUACGCUAGGACACCAAUGGCAAAUUUGGAAGUCCAGAAAAGUACAAACCAUGAGAAAUUUAGACUUGUCCCUUUGAGCAUUUACUUUCAUCCUAUUCUGGGAGUCUGUUUCCCACACCAUGAGUAGGUAGACCUAAUUUCCUCUGGAAUCUUGGACUUCCAGUACCACUUUGCUCGAUACUUUGGUUUUAAGGUCCUUAGAUAAAAUGUGAUAUAUACCAGUAUGAUAUGCUGCUAUGACAGGAGUAUAUGUACUAAAAGAUGCCUGUUAGUAUUUAAUAAGCACUCAUCUAUGCAUGUUCUUGGGUUGAUUGAUUCCAAGAAAGAAUCCUGAAUUUUAUUGAAUUAUUUUCAAGGGACUAAAAAUUAUAUUCAGUGUACUUUUUGAUCAAUGGUGUCUCACUGCCUCUGUCCAUGCCUAACUGCACUGACAAAAAUUAAACCUUUUUCCAGUAAUCUACCAUAAUAAACACCCAUAUUGUUUCUGUUUUUUGCA